AAGGAUCGAUCUCAGAACGAACCGGCAUACCCAGAUCGGAUUUCAGUCAGAUUCAGCCGACCCAGCAACAGAGAGGCCGGCCUGCUCGAUCUCGAGCCGUUCGAGGGCUUUCUGGUGGGCCCAAGUCUCGAUGGUGAGAUCGGGCUUAGCGUUGAGGCCGACGCCGAGGAUGACGAUGGUGAGGAAGCUGGUGACGUAGCAGGGGAGCUCCCAGUCCUCCCAUUUACGAGACUGACCUGGGGGGAGCGGGGUCCGAUUGAAGAGGUAGCCUUUGGGUCGUUCCUCGUGGCCCGGGCUGGUCCACCGGCUCGGACCGGUGGCUGAGCCGCCGCGGGUUCGGAGUGCCUGGACGAGGCGCUGGCGGAGCAUUGUGGAGGCGGGUAUGGUGAAGACCUUUGCUCCCAGCUCGAAAGGGGGAGAGAGGAUGAGAGAGAGAGGAAAGGAGUGGAGUGAGCGAGCU